UGGGAUCGGACGUAUGGCGUGAAGUUACCCCUCGAAAAAGGGUCCGCGGACGGCGGGGCACAUAUCGAGGGGCACGAAGCUCCAGUCGCGCAGCAGAAAUGCUACCUAAAAUCGGAGACUCUGCCCUGCUACUCCAUAGAUGCAGGUGCUGCGUGCGGACGCGGGGAAUUGGGCAGAGGAAUCGCGUUUGAGUGCCCCAGGUUUUGAUCUAUCCGGUGCGCUCGUUUCUAGAAAUCAUCGAAAUAAGAUAGGUAAUAAACUCUCUUUAAAAUAGCCCGUACCCAUACAACACCGCCAUCGUACGUAUAGACAGACACUCGACAAGAUGGUUACUCAGGCCCGUCUCAAGAUCGCCUUGAUCGGCCUCGGUCGGCUGGGUGCUAUUCGCGCACGCAUCCUCGCUUUCCAGCAGCCCCGAAUUGAGCUCGUCGCCGUUUGCGACACAAAGCCGGGUAUCGACAAAUGGGCGGCAGAAAACCUUCCAGCUUCCGUAAAGUUCUACGCGGAUCCUGAGGAUUGUCUAAAGAAUAGCGGCGUUGGGGCUGUCCUUAUUUCUACUGCGACUGCUACCCACGCUCCCCUGGUCUGCCUGGCUCUUGAUCUGGGCCUCCACGUCAUGUGCGAGAAGCCGAUCUCGGUGGACGUCGCCACUACCGAAGAGGUCCUCGCUAAGGCUAAAUCCAAACCUCACCUCAAGUUCCUGGUUCCGUUUAGUCGUAGAUAUGACGACUCGUACCGCGCUGCGAAGGAGAUGAUAGAUAACGGCUCGUUUGGUGAGAUCCACGCUGUCGAGAGUGCAAUCCUUGACAAACAAGAUCCUACUGGAUUCUUCGUCAGCUUCUCCGAGCAGUCCGGAGGUAUCUUUGUUGACAUGGGCGUUCACGAUAUUGACAUUGGACGAUACUACAUGAACGUCGCGUCAGAACUCACUAAUCCCAAGAAACAAGUGAACAGGGUCAUUGCCAUGGGACAGCAGGCCAUCUAUGGCGAUCUCGCUAAGUACGGCGAUUGCGACAAUGGAUGGGCCAUAGUCGAGUUUGCCAACGGCAAGAUUCUUACCUUCCACGUGGGUCGCACUCUGAACAACGGAUUCGAGAGCUACACCCGCGUGUGCGGUACCAAGGCCCAUUCUAUCAUCAGCGGCAACUCCACGAAUAACCGUGUCGAGGUCCGCGACUCUCAUGGUGUGCGAACGGAAACUACUCCUGACACAUUUGUCUUUUUCGAAAAAUCAUUCGUAAACGACCUCACAGAAUUUGCGGCUGCUGUACUCGACGAUCAACCCCUUAGUUGCACCCCGGAUGAUGCCUACGAAGCAGCCAAGAUUGGCACCGCUCUGCAGUAUUCUUUCCGUAAUCGUGUGCCUGUUUACUUUGACGAUGAUGACCAACCCAUCAUGGAGACUCCAAAGGCAUGAAUGAGAAGCUUAACUGAGACGAUUAAUACAUAUGAAUGGGUCGUUUUAGAAUUCGUGUUCUCCUAUACUGGAAAACAGGCACUCAUCGAACGAGGAAGCUCCUUCCACCUUCAUAGUGUGCAUAUGAAUUAAAACAUGAGACUUGAUGAAACCUUGAGUCUGCAACAUUAUAAAUAUAUACUUGAGAGU